AUGGCAGAUUUCGUGGACGAGCCUCGUGUGGUGCAAUCUGAGAACCACGGAUGGCAGAAGGUGACUAAUGUUAAGAAGCAGCGACGCCAGGAACAGAAAGAUUCGAAGAAGCCGUCAGCUGCGGGAAAAUCUGCAGGUGGAAAAGGGUCGAUCGGCCAAUCCGUGUUUUCGUCGCUGGAGGAUGAAUCGAUGCAGAGGAGAGCGAGGAUCGAAGCUCGUGCAGCGGCUGCUGAAGCAGCCGAGCGGGAAACGGAGCGUGCAGAGUACGACGCUGACGAUGAUGAUGAUGAUGACGAGGAGAGGGAAGCCAAGGCUCCAGCAGCAGCAGAGCCUAAGAAGCCCAAGAAACCUAAGAAGCCCAAAGUUACCGUUCUCGAGGCCGCGACAGCGAUUAAAGUGGACGAAUUGUCCGCGUUCCUUAUCGAGAUCUCGGAUUCUUUCGCAGGCAUGCCUGAUGUGCAGCUAAUGCGUUGUGCGGAUUUCUUCGCACGAGCCUUCAGCGCGGUCCUUCCAUCGCAGCUCAACAUCCCCAAGAUCAUCCGAGAUUCCAGCUUGGCGAAAGCGCUUGACUUACCUUGGAAUGACAUUCCCGAGGAGGUUCGCACAACCGCCUCUGAAUGGCUGGCGGAGCGGCCUGCCGACGCGCUAGCGAAGUUUCUGGUUACCCUAGUGCGAUCUGCGCUGGAGGAUGUGCUGCCAGUCGGCAAGGUGGCCAAGGGAACCGCCGCACAGCCGUUGACGCCGCCGAAAGCCAAGGUUGGCAUGCUGGUGCUGCUGGUGCUGCUGCUGAGGCGACGGCCGGACGUGAUGCUACAAGCGGCCGACUCCAUCCGCACCGACCCUGGCUGCCUCGGCCAGGACAGGCUGCCCGUGCUCGCCUGGAUGUACGGCCAGGUGGCAGUGGUGGAUCUGGUAUCGGGCAUGGCGCUGCUGGUCAGCAAUCUCAUGCCCUUCACAUCGGGCAAGCCGGGCUCGCCUGUGGGCCGUGAUGUCACUCUCACCUACUUCCAAACCGUGCUGCUGCGCGGCAAUGAGCGCAAGGCGAGGGCGGUACUGCUGAACGGGGCGUUCCGCAAGGGCGAGCGGCUGGUGCCCUUCUCCACCCUCGACCAGUUCCUGCGCCUCGCCUUCCCUCCCGCCUCCGCCCGCACCAAGGCCACUGACCGCUUCACCGCUCUGUAUCCCCUGCUUAAGGACAUCACGCUCGCAGGCUCGGGCCGAACCAAGUCCACCAAGGCUGUCGCCACGAUGCUGCUUCCGCUGAUGUUCCGAGCCGCAGGGGAAGAGCCUGAGGCCCUCACCCAGGAGGCGAGCAGCCUCUUCGUGUGGUGCUUGGCAGAGAACCCUGACUGCUACCUGCAAUGGGAGCGGCAUCACGCUGAGGAUCAUGCCACGAGCAUGCUUCUUCUCACCUACGUGCUGCGCUCAUGGCCCACUGUCAAGACCCAGCUCGCGCCCUUUGACCCGCUGCGCAAGUUCCUUGCCUCCAUCCGCAAGAAGCACAUUGCGGCAUUGGAGGAGUUGGAUGAGGGCCAAAUAGCACGGAAAAAGGACAUUCAAAGCGCUGACGCAGCAGCCAGGAAGCUGCAAGGGAAGGUGGCUUCAGGAGGGAGCUGCGUGGUGGUGUCGGCUGCUCUGGUAGCUGUGGCAGCAGCAGCAGCGUAUGCGGCCUACAACUUGCCACCUCAAGGCGAGUUCAACCUGGAUAUUGACGCUGUGCUUGGGCUUUUCAAGGGUAAUUAA